AUUCAGUUGGUUUUGUUAGCUCGACACGAGCCGGUCGAAGGAAUAUUAGAAAAAAAAAAAUUGCCGGCAAAUCACACAACCCAGCAACAAUAGCAGCAGCAUUUUGGUACGUCACUUUAUUUCGCCGAGUUUCGUUUUGCCCACAGACACGCACGUGGAGGAGUGCUUACACAAAAAGUUGAAGGCCAAAACUCGACCAUGGGAGACGAUACUGCCUUUUCGUCCAUGGACGAGUUUUGCGGCUCCACAUUCUGGGAUGCCAAUGAGACGUGGUGGACAACAGAUCCAGAUUUUACACCCUGUUUCGAGCAAACAGUUCUAGUUUGGGCACCCUGUGCCUUCUUUUGGCUAUUUAUGCUAUUCGAUUUUUGGUAUUUGAAGGCCAGCUUAGAUAAGAACAUACCAUGGAACAGAUUGAACAUAAGCAAACUGCUCGUAAAUGUGGGUCUCCUGGUGGUCACCGCCUUGGAUCUGAUCAUGGCGUUUGUCAAGAAGGGCGGCGACUCCGAAUUGCCGCUAUAUGGCGUGGACAUUUGGACACCCGUCAUCAAAUUGCUCACCUUUCUGAUGGUACUGAUGUUCAUACCGCUGAAUCGCAAGUAUGGCGUUCAGACAUCUGGCUGCCAGUUCAUGUUCUGGUUUAUAUUGACACUGUUCUCCAUACCACGCUGUCGGACCGAGGCACGCUUGCAUCAGGAGCGCAAUCAGAUAAUUGGCUCCCAACAGGCGGAGCCGCACGAUUUCACCUGGGAGACAUAUCAGUUUGCCAGCUUCUUUAUAUUCUUUGCCUUUACCUGCUUGAUGCUGAUCCUCAACUGUUUUGCCGACCAGCUGCCCAGGCAGACCAAGUACAAGCGUGGACCCAAAGAGAUACCCGAACUCUCGGCCAGUUUUCUGUCGCGCAUCACGUACAGUUGGUUCGAUCGGAUGGCCCUGAAGGGCUAUCGCAAUCCGCUGGAGGAGAAGGAUCUGUGGGAUUUGCGGCCGCAGGAUAGCUGCAAGGAGGUGAUGCCCACCUUUGCGCAUUAUUGGAACAAGAAUGUGCGCAAGAACUACAAGCGAGCCAGCGGCGGUCAGGAGCCGAAGGCGCAGUUUAGCAAUGGCAAGGUCUCGUUUGAGAAUCCUCAGACCAAUGGCCGCAAGAAGGGCAUGGCCAGCAUUAUGCCGCCCAUUUACAGAUCCUUUGGUGGAAUUUUCCUAUUCGGCUCGUUCUUCAAGCUGAUCACCGAUGUUUUGACCUUUGCCCAGCCGCAAGUGCUCAGCCUGAUCAUUGGCUAUGUGGAGGACUUUGCGGGGGUACCGCAGCCGGAAUGGAAGGGCAUCAUGUAUUCGAUACUAUUGUUUGUGCUGGCCAGCGCACAGACCUUUAUACUCGCUCAGUAUUUCCAUCGCAUGUUUAUUGUGGGCCUGCGCAUCAGGACAGCGCUGAUCAACUGCAUCUACCGCAAGGCGAUGCGCAUUUCGAAUGCCGCCCGCAAAGCGUCCACAGUCGGUGAAAUUGUCAAUCUAAUGGCUGUCGACGCGCAACGUUUCAUGGAUCUGACCACCUAUCUGAACAUGUUGUGGUCGGCGCCACUGCAAAUCGCACUGGCCCUCUACUUCCUCUGGCAGCAGCUGGGUCCAUCCGUGCUGGCCGGUCUCGCCGUGAUGAUCAUCAUGAUUCCGCUCAACGGCUUCAUUGCCAGCCGCAUCAAGACCUAUCAAAUACGCCAAAUGAAGUACAAGGACGAGCGUGUCAAGCUCAUGAACGAGGUCCUCAGUGGCAUUAAGGUGCUGAAAUUGUACGCUUGGGAGCCCAGUUUCGAGAAGCAGGUGCUGGACAUACGUGAUAAGGAAAUAGCCACACUGCGCGCGACCGCCUACUUGAAUGCCAGCACAUCCUUUCUGUGGUCCUGUGCGCCGUUUUUGGUAUCCUUGGUGACAUUUGCCACUUACCUGUUGUCCAACGAGGCGAAUCAGCUGAGCGUCGAGAAGGUCUUUGUCAGUCUCGCACUGUUCGAUAUCAUGAAACUGCCGUUGACCAUAAUACCCAUGCUGACGGUUGACAUAGCCGAGACGCAAGUUUCUGUCCAACGUAUAAACAAAUUCCUGAACAGUGAAGAGCUGGACCCUAACAAUGUGCAACAUGAUUCCUCAAAGCCGCAUCCCAUGAGCAUUGAGAAUGGCCACUUUUCGUGGGGCGAUGAGGACGAGACGACGCUCAAGAAUAUAAACAUGCAGGUGCCCAAAAAUAAUCUGGUUGCCAUUGUUGGCACCGUCGGUUCCGGUAAGUCCUCGGUGAUACAAGCACUCCUUGGCGAAAUGGAGAAAAUCUCGGGCACGGUCAACACGGUCGGCAAAAUGGCAUAUGUGCCGCAACAGGCCUGGAUCCAGAACGCGACCGUGCGGGACAAUAUAUUGUUCGGCAAGCCGUACGAUCGCAAGCGUUAUAAUAAGGUGAUCGAUGCCUGCGCUUUGCGCACCGAUAUCGAGAUACUCUCCGCCGGCGAUCUGACCGAAAUCGGCGAGAAGGGCAUCAAUUUGUCCGGCGGCCAGAAGCAGCGCAUCUCGUUGGCGCGCGCCGUUUAUCACGAUGCGGACCUGUAUCUGCUGGACGAUCCGCUGAGCGCGGUCGAUGCGCAUGUGGGCAAACACAUCUUCGAGGAGGUGAUCGGACCGAAGGGCAUGCUGGCCAAAAAGACACGUGUCCUGGUUACACACGGCAUCACGUUCCUGCCCCAGACCGAUAAGAUUUAUGUGAUGAAAAUGGGCGAGAUUAGCGAGAAUGGCACGUACGCUGAGCUGCUAAAGAACCGGGGCGCCUUUGCCGACUUCCUGAUGCAGCAUCUGCAAGAGGGCGAGGAGGAGGAAGAGGAGCUUAAUCAAAUCAAACGUCAGCUAUCGCAAACCGAUCCCGCUCUGGUGGCACCCUUCGAGAAGGCCAUUCUCCUGGCGCGCACCGAAAGUCUCUCGGACUCGAUCUCUGUCACCUCCGCCGACAGCUUGAUGGGUGGCAGUCUGCGUCGCCGCGCCAAGCGCCAGAACUCGUACGAUUCGAAUGCAUCCGCCGCCUCGCUGAAAAAGAAACAAGAGGUCGAAGGCAAACUGAUCGAGACGGAGAAAUCGCAAACGGGCGGCGUCGACUUUGCCGUCUACAAGCAUUAUAUCAAAAGCGUUGGCAUAUUCUUAUCGAUUGCCACUUUGGUGCUGAACUUUGUGUUCCAAGCCUUCCAAAUCGGUUCCAAUCUGUGGCUCACACAAUGGUCCAACGACAAGGCCGUCGAGCACGACACGGGCCUCAGGAAUAUGUACUUGGGUGUCUACGGCGCCUUCGGUUUCGGUCAAGGUAUUGCCUCGUUCUUUGCGGAUCUGGGCAUACAGCUCGGUGGCUUGCAUGCCGCCCAGGUGCUACAUUCGCUGUUGCUGUUGCGUAUGCUGCGGGUGCCCAUGUGGUUCUACGAUACCACGCCGGUGGGUCGCAUAAUGUCGCGUUUCUCCAAAGACAUUGAAACGGUUGAUCAGAAAAUUGUGGAGGUCAUGACCGACUGUCUUUGGUGUGCAUUUGAGGUUCUGGCCACAAUUGUGGUUAUUAGCAUUUCGACGCCCAUUUUCCUGGCCGUCAUUGUCCCAAUUGCGUUUAUUUACUAUUUCGCGCAACGCUUCUACGUGGCCACGUCGCGUCAGCUGAUGCGUCUGGAGUCCGUUUCCCGAUCGCCAAUCUAUUCGCAUUUCGGCGAAACUGUGACUGGAGCUUCCACAAUACGCGCCUACACGGUUCAGGAUCGCUUCAUCGACGAAUCGGACAACAAGGUGGACAAGAAUCAGGUGUGCAAGUAUCCAUCACUGAUUGCGAAUCGUUGGCUCGCCGUGCGCCUGGAGAUGGUUGGAAAUCUGAUCAUUCUGUUCGCCUCGCUCUUUGCGGUGUUGGGCGGCCAAACGAAUCCCGGCCUGGUCGGUCUAUCGGUCAGCUAUGCGCUGCAGGUAACCCAAACGCUCAACUGGCUGGUGCGCAUGUCCUCGGACAUUGAGACGAACAUUGUGUCCGUGGAGCGCAUCAAGGAGUAUGGCGAAACGAAGCAGGAGGCUGCCUGGGAGCUGGACGAGGAUAAAAAGAAGCCCAAGAACUGGCCGGAAGAUGGACGCGUCGAAUUCAAAGAUUUCCAAGUGCGCUACCGUGAGGGUCUCGAGCUGGUACUGCGCGGCGUUAGCUUCAACAUCAACGGCGGCGAGAAGGUGGGCAUUGUGGGACGCACCGGUGCCGGAAAAUCCAGUUUGACUCUGGCUUUGUUCAGAAUCAUCGAGUCUGCUGGCGGCAAAAUCCUGAUUGAUGGCAUCGACAUUGCCACCAUGGGUCUGCAUAUGCUGCGCUCGCGCCUGACGAUCAUACCGCAGGAUCCCGUGCUGUUCUCCGGCUCGUUGCGUUCCAAUCUCGAUCCGUUUGAGGUUAAGACCGAUGAUGAACUUUGGAAGGCGUUGGAAUUGUCGCAUCUGAAGGCAUUCGCCAAGAGUCUGACAGCCGGCUUGAAUCACGAAAUCUCCGAAGGUGGCGAAAAUCUGUCCGUGGGCCAGCGUCAAUUGGUUUGCUUGGCGCGUGCGCUGCUGCGAAAGACCAAGGUCCUGGUGCUGGACGAGGCCACUGCGGCUGUGGAUCUGGAAACGGAUGACCUUAUACAGAAAACCAUACGCAGUGAGUUCAGGGAGUGCACCGUGCUAACCAUAGCCCAUCGCUUGAAUACCAUCUUGGACUCGGACAAGGUCAUUGUGCUGGAUAAGGGUCAGAUAACAGAGUUUGCCGCGCCGAAUGCACUGCUGGCCGAUCCGAAGUCGGCCUUCUACAGCAUGGCCAAGGAUGCCAAUCUUGUUUAGUAUUUUAGCAUAAACAUGGACGAAACUCAUAUAAAAAAGUGUGGCCAAAAAACAACAAAACAAAAUGAACUAGAACUAGUUAGGCCGCAAUUGAACGCUAGCUUUUAAUCAAUUUAGCAACACUGGAAAAUAACUUAAAGAAACAAAAAAAAAAACGUUAAAGUGCUCUACCUCAGCGGAAGCAACAACUACAACAACUAUGGCAAAAAAAAAACAACAAAAAGAACAACAAUUUGUGUGUGCGUGCAAUUAGUAAAUACCAUUAAAAUGUUCAUUAGCUUAAGUCAAAAAGUUGAAUAAUGCGCUCACAGGUUUUCUUUUGGUACAUUUCAUUUAAAAUGUUCUUUUUUAUGUAUAUAUAUAUAUAUAUAUAUAUAUAUAUGUACGUAUGUGUAUGUACUUACCUAGGUUCGUUUAAUGUGUGUUUUUGUAUAAAUAUGUGCAUGACCAUAUAUAUAGAUAGUGUAUACUCUACAUAUAUAUGGAUUCACAUGCCCUGUUUAUUUUUCUAUGAAAGUUUACAUGUUAAAAAAACAAACGAAAAGCGUUCGACUUAAUCACGCAAACGUACUUAAAAUAUGAAUAUGAAAGAAAAAACCUCUUAAGAAUUUGCCUUCAAAUGAUUAAAUCACUAAGCUAAUAAAUGCCCAGUAGUUAAUUAAAUUUUGCAACAAUUUGUAAAAUGUGUACUUAACGAAACAAUUGAAAUUGUAUUGAUAAGAACAAAUAAAACCCAUCUAACUAAUGUGAAUUUAAA